AUGUCAGAUCCUUACGAAGUUCAGAUUGAUAUAGAAUAUUUAGAACGGAUGAAUAAAUUAGCAAUGGCUAAUGAAAGUGUCGAAACAACAAACAUUGUCGCAAUAAAGAAACAGAUAUCGCAGUUGAAACCGAAAAAAUCAUGUGAAUUCGAUGCAGUGUCGAAUUAUAUGAUCAAAAAAAUUCCACUAGGUUGUAUUAGUUGUCUUGCAAAUUGCUUUAAUACUUGGUUAAAAGAAUAUAGGUAUCCAGAUGUUUGGAAAUUAGCUAAAAUAAUUACACUGAAUAAACUAAAAGCAGGAGUACCACUAUGUGAUCAAACACGACCAAUAUCACUUUUAGCAGCAUAUUCGUAG